AAUGGGAUAUGCCCCUUCUCUCAUGUGAGCAGGAAAAGUUUCCCUGACAGCCACAAGACCCUGAAAUUUACAGUCACAUUCCCUUAGGUAGUGGUCACAAACCAGCAGUCAAACUAAACUGCACGUGCGUCUGUGUGUCGUGUGUGGCUCGCGUUUUAUCCGGCUGCAGAAGGCAGUGAUGGUGGAACUGCAUCUCCAGCAGGAGUGGCAAGGAAUUUCGGACACCAGCUUCUACUGUAUUAUAACAGGGAAGAAAAUUAUGGAACACUUACUGUUCAGGGCAAAGAAGAUUUAAGAUAGCAAUUAAGAAAUUUAAGAUUCAUCAUCUUCUGACCACAUUGGUGGAAUGUGGAGGGGGUUUGACACUGCACAGAAGAUGAUCAUGUCUUACAGGAACUGGCUGCAAGUUUUCAGCUCUUUGAAACUGCUUCAUCAGCCACAAGCUCAAACCAUGAUCGGACAAGAGUCAAGAGAAAGAAGAUUGGAGUGGAGAGAAUACAGUGGUGUGGGGGGUUCUCCUUCUGGCAAUAUCAGCACCAAGGAAGAAGAACUGCCCAAGAAGUAGAGGAAUAGAUCUUAGUCAUCUGGAUUCAAGAACAAUGUCUCUUCCCAGACAGCUGCGAGAAAAGAGUGAUUUUGACCAGCUUCCAGAUGAUGUACCUGUUUCAGCUAAUAUUGCAGAUAUUGAAGAGAAGAAAGGCUUUACUAAUUACUAUAUGUUUGUCAUUGAAGUAAAGCUUAAAGGUGGUGGCAGAUACCUGAUUUUCCGGCGCUAUCGUGAGUUCUAUGCUCUGCACACCAAACUAGAGGAGAGAUAUGGGCCAGAGAGCAAUAACAGCCCAUUUACCUGCACACUCCCUGUACUGCCAGGAAAAGUUUUUGUUGGGGCCAAAAAGGAAAUUGCUGAGAAUAGGAUUCCUAUCCUAAAUGUCUACAUUAAGAACCUACUCUGCCUCCCUGCUUGGGUGUUGAUGGAUGAGGACGUUCGGCUGUUCUUCUACCACUCAACCUUUGAUGGUGAGCAGGUGCCUCACAGACUGAGACGGCUUCGCCCACGGACACGCCGAAUUAAGAGCAUUUCAGAUCAAUUGCCUGUUUUUGACCGCACCGCAGCUCCACGGGCUGAGGCACUGUUUGAUUUUCCUGGAACCAAUAAACUGGAACUCAGAUUCAAGAAGGGAGAUUUGAUCUAUCUACUCAGCAAAGUAAACAAAGACUGGCUGGAAGGAACUGCUGAUGGUGCCACUGGGAUUUUCCCAUGUGCUUUUGUGAAGAUCAUAAAAGAUUUACCACAGCAGGAAGACACAGUUAAUAAAGUUCGCUGUUAUUACUAUGAUGAGACCGUAAGCACCAUCAGGGAUAUCUCAGUGGAAGAGGAUCUGAGCAGCAUUCCAUCAUUCAAAGAUCUAAUGGAAUUGAUGAGGCAGGAGUUUAACAAAGAUGACAUUGUUUUGAAUUACCGGGACCAUGAUGGUGAUCUGAUCCGCUUGCUCUCCGAUCAGGAUGUUGAACUCAUGGUGUCUCAAAGCAGAAGAAGUCCCUCUGAGAAGCACUUUUUCCCUUGGAAGUUGCACAUCACUCACAAAGAUGACUUAGGUGUCUACAACACUAGUCCAGGAACAGGUGCUACUCAAACAGUAGGGGCAAUGUAAGUGCUAUAUAGAUAUCCCUCUCUGCAGAGAGUUUCCUUCAACAUGUCUUUGGAGUGUCCUUGAAAUGAGUAAUUUUUAGUGAUAUAUUAUAUUCAGUGUAAAAUCUGUACUUAGUUAACUUCUUCAGCUUUUUAGCACACAUCUGCAGUACAGACAUCUACAUAGAGACCAGAGAAAGUGAGGAAUAGAGAAAUAAAAUCACAGGCCAUAUUUACAAAGCAAGUCAGUGUUAGCCUGCAAUAGAGGUCUCCUGAGCCCCUAGACCUGCUCUAGUUUCUGUUCUCACUCCCAAGGCUAGUUUUUUGUCCAAAAUGUCUUCAUAAGCUUUUGUUUUUUCUCUAGACUCCCAUAAAUUUCUCUUCCUUUGCUGAUCUGAAGGUUUGUGGGCCACUGUAUAAUUAUUUCUCUCAUGUUGGAGUCUGACUGGGCGUUCAGAGUUUGUCCUAGGAGCAUCAAGAAAACUUUUUUGGAGUUCAGUGAAGAAAUUGCAGCCCAUCUUAGAUUUCUUCUUUUCCACUGACCAGUAUAUUGAAUUCUGUGAAUCAAACCUAGUACACCUGUGGUGUUCCUUAUAGACCUUUAUAUAAUUGUACAAUCUACUUAUUUUCAUGUCCUGGGAAAAUGUGUAGGAUAUCUACUAAAAAAGCAGCUUCUUCUCUAUCUUCUGCUUUCUGACACUGCAUUUAAAAGUAGAACUAACAAGAAAUUGCUGGAUCAGAUUCUUCAACAAAUAAAGUUAAAUAUUAGUUCAUCA